UGGUGUUAUAGGGUUUUAUCUUUCGGUUUUAGGUGGCGGUUGGUGAUGGUUGAUGGUAGCUGAUGGUGGCCGGUGUCGGUUAUCGGUGUGGGAGUAGUCGGAGUGCUUGCCGGAGGGGACUAGAGUGAGAGUGAGAGUGGUCCACUUGUCAAUAAAUUGAUUAUAUUAUUUUCAGUAUUUAAAAAAGUAUUAAAAUAAUUAAAAAAGAAAAUAUUAAGGGCAUUAUAGUCAUUUCCUAUGAGGCAGGACUGACUCCGUAACAAAAUCAAAAUAUAAGGACUUUCCGAAUGAAAAAAAAAAAAGAUAGGGACCACACACGAAAUUUUAGCAAACCUGGGACGAUUUCAGUAAUUUGUUUAAUAUUUAAAGUCUACAAAUACUAAUGCAUGUUGACUCUUUCUAGCGCCCGAUUACACGCAACUCGAUUCAAUCUCUUGUUAUACUCGAUUGUUUACUUUUGAAUUGUUGGAAUUUGAGUUUCAGAUAGAGAGGACGAAAGAACGACGACGUCUAUUUUCUUGAUAUGCGCUGAGUACCAAAACCCUAUCUCCAAGAAUUAGGCAUCCGUCUGUUCUAUUUUAUCAAUUAGGAUAUGGAUACGAGCAAUUUGAUGUCUCUGGAAUCUGGUAAUUGGAGGUCUCAGGUGAAAGCUGUUUCACGUCAAAGGAUGGUGAACAGGAUAAUGAAUGCGAUGAAGAGGCAUUACACCACCAUCUCUGGACAUGAGGCAUUAAAAGAACUUGAAAAAAUAAUUGUGAGGUUUGAAGAGAAGAUUUUUACUGUUGCGACAAGCCCGUCUGAUUAUUUGUGCAAGAUAUCAUUGAAGAUGCAGACCUUGGAAAAUAGAUGACGCAAUCCCAUGAUAGCUGCUGUGCUGAUAGUGUGGUAUUUUCAAAUACAGUCGCAUUUAAUCUUUAUGUCAUCAGUUUUAUAAAUAUGACUUUUGUAGGGUUAAAGCCUAGAGAUAGUAUGUAUAUUGAUUUUUAAGUUGAUAUGUUUGGCAAGACAAAAAGUAGCUUAUAAGCUAGCUUUUUAAAAAGCUACUUAGCUAUGUCAUUUUAUAUCGUCUAGCUAACUUAUCAGUUAGUUUAUAUGAAAUGUUAUUUUUUUAGCAGCUA